AUGCGAUCUAUACCCGCUCUCCUGAUCACGAUUCUAUCAUUCGGAGCAGGAAGCUCAGCACAAGCCCCACUCGACGGGUUUUCGUUUGGACAUCGUGGACAGAUCAGCCCCAACUCAUUCGCAAUCCCGGGCUUUAACAUAUUAGGAGAAGAAUAUGUCCCGCAGUUGCUCUCAGAUAAGGUGAUUCUAACACCUCCAUACGGUGGCAACAAGAAGGGAGCGCUGUGGACCGAGAACAAGAAUACUCUCAGUGACUGGCAAGUCGACUUUGAAUUUCGCGUGGGUGUUACCGAUCAAGGAAGCGGUAGCUUGCACGUCUGGUACGCUGCCAAUGGCAAGGACACCAUCAGCACCAACAGCAUCUACUCUUUGCAGCGCUUCGACGGGCUGGCUGUAGUUGUUGAUACAACUGGUGGCAAGCAAAAGAUUCGUGGGUUCCUGAACGAUAAUUCUGUCGAAUACAAGUCAAAUCCCAAUGUUGAGUCCCUCGCCUUUGGCCACUGUGACUACACAUAUCGAAACCUCGGAACGCCUUCAAGACUCCGUAUCAAGUCUACUUCCGCCGGUCUCGAAGUCACGAUCGAUGACAAGCCCUGCUUUAGCACCGAUACUGUCCGCCUUCCAACAGAUUAUCACUUCGGCAUCACAGCCGCCUCCAACGACCCACCUGACAGCUUCGAGGCCUUCAAGUUCGCGCUCUCGCCUGCCACGCCGCCCGUCCAGCAGCAACAGCGUGACACCACAGAGGGCCGACAGAACAUCCCUAACCAGCAGCAAGUCAUUGCCCCAGCAGGCAGCAUGGCGGAUCCCAACACCAUAGCGGCCCUCGAGCGCCGCGUCAACGACCUCUACACCCUCGUCGAGCGCACAACCAACACCAUGGCCCAGCAAUUUGAAUCCCUCAACUCCCGCCUCAGCCAGCCUCUCCCAGGCGGCGGUGACGGCAAGUCCGGCCCCACCCAGGCGCAAUUCGCCAGCCUGGACGCCCGCUUGAACGACCUUUCCCGCACGCUCAAGUCGAUGGAAGGCGAACUGAAAUCCGGCGACCACAGCAAGCAGUUCGAGAAACUCUCCGCGCAGAUCGACACCGUGCACAGCGGCGUGACGGAGCACGUGCCGCAGCGACUGCGCGAGUACAUGCUUGCGCACACGCCACGCAUCGGCUUCAUACUGUACAGCUUCAUGUUCUUUCAGACGUGCUGUAUUGCCGCGUGGGUGUGGUACAAGUGGCGGAAGAGCACGAUGCCGAAGAAAUAUCUGUAG